CAAAGAUCAGACCUGACAUCCAGACGGACGAGGACCGGAGAACAAGACCAACACACCUGAGGUGAUAUUCCAGUUGUAAAGUGCUGUGAGAGUCAGUGAGCCCUGAGCCAUGCGUCCUGUUGUGGUAACUGCCAUCCUUCUUCUGGUGGUGCUGAUGUCCAUGUCGGCCUCUGCAUACUGGUAUCCUAAUGAAAUGUGCAAGACCAAAUAUAAAACACCGUGCAACAAAGACAUUGGUGGUGACAACUGGUUCCAGAUGGAUAACCGCUGUGUGAAGGCGUUCCACGAUAACGCUCAUUUGAGCUUUGAUGAUGCAGAGAAAGCCUGUAACCAGCACACAAGUGGAAACUCCGUGGGUCAUCUGGUGUCAAUCCACAGUGUGGUGGAGCUGUGUCAAGUGGAAUGUGCCAUGUUAAAGGUCCAGCCCGGAAAAGCUCAUUACUGGAUCGGACUCCAAAGGAAAUGGGUGAUCGUGGAUGAUGAUGAUGCUUAUGAUAUUAUGGUCUGGACGGAUGGUACUAAGUCCGAUUAUUCUCACUGGGCUGGUUGGCAGCCGGACAACCUUCAUGGGGAAGAGAUGUGUGUUGAGAUGAACUACUGGGAAUGGGGACUCUGGAACGAUGAGAAAUGCUGGCAGAGGAAGGCCUAUGUGUGUGCAGUGAGAGUCUCGUAGUUCAGAGUAAACAUGAAGAGCUCCAGUUGGACCCGUCUGCUUCAAACUGUAACCGAUGCAAACUUUUGCAUUUACUGCAAUAAACGUUCAGCAUCAGCAAACAUGUU